UCCUCUCUGAAUCCGAAGAAGCUAGUAUUCACAAUCCAAGAAUUUUGCACAUAAAAUUUUUUCUUCAUCUCGUAAGCCCUAAUCUCUCGCCUCUCUCUCUACUAUCCGACCCAAACGAUUUCUUUCAAACCCAAACCCUAAUUCAGCUUCAAAUGCACAAUGUUGUCUAAACAAAUCCAACAAACCAUUAUUAAGGAUUCUUCUAAUUUUACCCAUUUCAAACCAGAAUUCGAAGUCUUGGGUUUUAUUCCUUCACGCAACUCUGUGCAUCAAAGCCGUGUAAUUGAUGAUGAGGAUAAGAAAGAAGAUGAAGUUCCUCUAGGAAUUGAUCAAGAAGAAGAAGAAAAAAAGAAAGAAAUGGUCAUUUCUGAGGGUUUUCAUGUUUAUUCUGUUGGCUCUUCUAAUGAUGAAUCUUCUUCUGUUUUAAUGGUGGAAAUGAACAACAAAGAAAAUUUUCAAGAACCCAUUUCUCAGAUACAAAAUGUUGUCGAGAAGAAUCAAGAACCAGUCGGCAAAGAAUUGGAUGAUUCAUUCAUUGCAGAACAAAUGAAAGAAACCCAAGAAGAGAUUUAUUCUAAAGAUUCAGCAAAAGAGGAGGUAUGUCAAGUUCAUUCUUUACCCCCAUCCAUGUCUCAAUAUGAAAAUGUUGUAGUUAAGAUGAUGAAUUCAGAAAGUAGUAACAACAUUUAUGCAGAAAGUAAGCAAGAUGAGGUCUUUCAAUUGAAAGAUGUAGUUACUGGUGAUCAACACCUCAUUCUUGUAGUAGAGACAACACAAGAUGAUUUUAUCAAGUCUAAUUCAAUUUCUCCAUCUCAAAAUCUUGUUGAGAUGAGUAGUAAUUGGGGAGAAUUGUCAGCCUCAGGUAGUAAUAAUAAAAGAAUGUCUGCGGAAAUCGGAAGUACUCGCAUUGUUAGUGGAUAUGGCUGUGCAAGGAAAGAAACCAUGAGUUCCAUUGAUUUGGGUAAGAAAAGGGCUGGAAUUUGCUCUGAGAACAUAAGGCAACCCAGGAGAAGAUUUACGGAAGCAAACUCGAAGAAAGAUGUGUUGAGCAUGUUUAUUGAAGCUAGAAAUAUCUUCUGUCAGAAGAAAUUGGACGGAAAUAAGCGAAGUUAUUCGAGGGAAGAAAUGGAAGCACUGAGGUUUGAAAAUUCAUAUCAGCAGCGUCAGAUAUGGCGAGAGAUAUACACUGGGUUGGGUCCUGUUGUGGCCAAACAACUUAAUCAAUUGUCAGAUGCUAGGCAGAAUGGUAAGGCCAUGACUGACCAACAACAGCAGCAGCAACAUUACCAUCCCCAGCUGCAUCACCAACACCCACGACAACAUCAGCAACAUCACCGAUACCCACUGCAACCACUGCAACAUCACCAAUACUCACAGCAGCAGCAACAUUACCAUCCCCAGCCGCAUCACCAACACCCACGACAAUAUCAGGAACAUCAACGAUACCCACUGCAAUCACUGCAACAUCACCAAUACUCACAGCAGCAGCAGCAGCAACACCACCAACACCCAAAGAAACCUCCGCAGCAUCACCAUCACCAUAACCAUGAUCAACACCAACUAGCUGGGGUGCACAGAGAGAAUACCUCAAUUCUAGGUGCUGGCACUGCCACUGCGAGACCAGUCCACUUGCGAAUCAACAUGAAGAAUACCCGAACAAGGUGCUGUGUCCCUUAUGUUCAUUAUAUACCAGUAUACUACUCCGUGUAUCAUAGUAGCAUGUGUGUCAAGACUCUCACUGACCCGCCUUUGCUGACAACAUUGCUACAGUGCCAAAUGCUAGUUGCUGAUUUUCUAUCUCAGUUGAUUAUCUUCGUUUCCCAAAUUACCAACUCAAAACCAAACAAUUUUUCCCCAGUGAAUUGCUUAACUGCAACUUCCUUGCCAGAUGCCACGACUGUUACUGACUAGCCUUCACCGACAAUUACUACUGUGCUGCCGAAUGCUAGUUGCUGAUUUCAUCCCGGUCAGUGUGAAUCUGAGCAAUUGAAUAAGUUCCAUAUGAGAACAUUGAUUAGCCUCAUUUCCCAAAUCACCCACCCUUUUCAGAAUUUGCAGCCCUACAAUCAUUGAUCAAGGCAGGGAUAACAACUUGAUUCACCUCAUCUUGCAAGUUCAUUUUAAGUUUAUUAGGGUGGGUUAAGAUGGAGGAUUCUGAAGCAGCAGGUUCAGGAAAUUUCAGUCCAUAUGGAGGUAAAACUAUAGAAGAAUGCGAGGAGUCGAGGACAUAUACGGGAAAAGCCUCGGAACGUGAAGUGCAGUGUUGAAAAAAGCGCUUUAUUAGGGUGGGUUAAGAUGGAGGAUUCUGAAGCAGCAGGUUCAGGAAAUUUCAGUCCAUAUGGAGGUAAAACUAUAGAAGAAAGCGAGGAGUCGAGGACAUAUACGGGAAAAGCCUCAGAACGUGAAGUGCAAGGUCAUAUAGUGUUGAAAAAAGCGCCGUUGCCGGGGCCGAACCCGGGUCACAGGCGGGAACACUACCACUAUGCGACAACGACCUUGAAUUUGAUGUCGACUUUUAUUUUCCUAAACACACUUGGUAGGUAGCUUUAAUAUUAGAAUCUUCCCCGGGGUUUCUAGCUCUAAAUUUGGGAGACUUAUAAAAUUCUGGCUAAAUAGGGGCCUAUCA